AUGGUGGCCUCACUCUUUGACUUUCAAAGACGACGAAGAAAGAUCUUGGAUGAGGAGGAGGCAAAAGGUCAAUCGUGCCUUGGCCGCGAAUCACUACGAUCUUGCGACAACCGGGAUGGCGGCCCCCGUGUGGUGAAGCCCGUCCUAUCCGAGACCUGCAGGGCUCACGCCGUGGCCACAAAGGACACCAGGACUCUGGACUGUUGCGACGACGAAGAUGCCGAGCGCGUUAAGAUCGACAUUGGGAGCGGCACCACUCGUCGCGUCUUCUUGGUACACAAGGCGCUCCUGCGACACUACUCGGAGUACUUUCGAGGGGCUCUCCGCGGCAAGUCGGCCCUGCAGGAGGCGGCAGAUGAGGAGUUUUACUUCCCAGAGGUGGACACGGAUGGUUUUAUGCGCUUCGUCCGCUGGCUGUAUAUGUGCCGGACAUGUAAGAAGGGCGGCUGUCGGCUGUACGAGUCGGACCACAGGUGCAGCGGACAGCAUUCAGGGACAGACCCGGACGGCAUGUGGUGCGGCGUCAAGCUCGAGCACGACUACGCCCUCGGCGACUGGCUGCUUUGUCCCCGAUACUGCAGCUUCGUCAUGUCGCACUUUGUCCCGCACGUCGACGAUUCGAUGAGCCCGGAGCGGCUCAGAUGGAUCCUGGCCAACACCGGGGCCGACUCACCAAUGCAGCGCUUCACGAGGCACUACGUGUGUUGGCUCAAGCUGCGCUGGGCAGACGGCAAGUGCCCGGCCGACUGGGCGCAGUAUCCGGACCUGGUGGAGCUCGACGAUGGAUGGGCCUCCACGGACCCGCGGAGAUAUCAGCUCGAACACUGGGAGUCCGAGUGCAGCGUGCCAGCCUCCGAGGCCAACGCCAUGUGCCCGCACCGGAUCGCAGAGUCUUCACGAACGGACUCGGGCUCUGGCUCGCUGUUGAACAACAAGAUCACGAGAGGACUCGGCUCAGCACCGAGGAAGAAGUUUUGGGAAAAGUACAGGGAUCCACUCAAGGCAUCAUUUGGCCUGCUGGUCCUGAUUUAUCACUUUCUCUUCCCUUUUGCCUGGGUCGGCAUAUCUGCCUUUAUCGUCGUGGUAGACGACGACCCUCUACUAUUCGAGGCAUCCAAAUACUACAGUCUCAUCACCGGCUGUCUAGCAGUCAUUGGCAUAUGGCCCAUCUGCAUGCGGAUGAUGAAGAUGUACUUUGCCAUGGCAUGCUCCAUACUUGUGGUGAUAGCAAGCGUGCUGUCAUUUGCGUCGUCCUCGACCUGCUUAGCUCGUGACGAUUCCUUCAUCUCCAUUUUCCGAUCCAGCAAAGACGCCGUAGACCUCGUCAAGCGCGCGCCGAUUAGGUACGAACUCGUCGUAGAGAACACAGGCGUCAACAUGGAAGGCUCGGGCGACAUUACCCCGGUGGUCGCCCCGAUCGAGACCAUGUCGCACGGCGCGAGCGACACCGGGACGUCAGCAUCGCAGCAAUACGCCGAACUGCAAGAGGACGAACCGUCCUUGGAGCAGCUGCCGUCGACGCCCAACCAGCAACAGGAACACGGCGACUCGUCGGCGCACCUUUCGCCCUUUUCCACGGUGCAGCAGCGCUCCUUUAUGCUGUCUGCCUUCAUCACCAACCUGCACGCGCACUACACGCACAUCCGGCGCUCGCGGCUGUACGGGCCCUGGGAGCGCGAGAAGCACGCUGCCGAUACCUUCAUGUCGCGGGCGCUGCGAAAGCUCGUGCCCUCGGAUCACGACACGCAACCUUUUGCCGACUGGAUCACGAACGACCAGCUGAACGAGGCGAGGAUCGAGGAGCACGACGAGCAGCAGAGGUCCGGGCUGGCAACUACGUUCGUCGAGACUCGCAAGGCCAGGAGGGGGCACAAGGCGUUGCUGUGGCAGAAUAUGGGCAACGUGGGCCAGAUACCCGUGCUUACGGAUGAUGUAGAUGAUGUAGAUGAUGUGUGA